GCUGGCUGGCUGGCGGGUGAGGGCGCUAAACGUGGCGCCGUGUCCCGGCAGACAUGGACAUGGCCACGGACAGCAGGCAUCUGGCUGCUCUGGUACCUCCAGCAGCCUGGAGCUGCCGCUGACAGCAACACACACUUGUCUGGAGAAGCAGCAGCAGCAGCACAAGCAGCAAGAGCAUGACUCAUUUUGAUCUGUACCUGUCCUUCAUAAGGAAAGCCUCGUUGACAGUUUUACUGGUGAUCUUUUACUACUGCUUCUCCAUCGGAAUCACCUUCUACAACAAGUGGGUGAUGAAGAGGUUUCAUUAUCCUAUCUUCAUGACGUUGGUUCACCUGGCGAUGACCUUUGUGCUCUCUGGAAUAAGCAGAACACUCGUCUCAUGGUAUACAGGGAAGCCACACAUUUGUCUGUCAUGGAAACCAUAUCUGAAGAGGGUUGCUGCCACAGCCCUGGCAACUGCAUUAGACAUUGGCCUGUCUAAUUGGAGCUUCAUGUUUAUCACUAUCUCACUGUAUACAAUGACAAAGUCGACUGCUGUCCUAUUUAUUUUAUUCUUUGCAAUCAUAUUCAAGCUAGAGAAAUUGAGAUCAUGGCUAUUAAUAGUUAUUGUGUUAAUAGCUGGAGGCCUCUUCAUGUUCACAUACAAGUCAACUCAGUUUAACACAGAAGGAUUUAUCCUGGUAUUGAUUGCAUCCUUCCUCGGUGGAAUACGAUGGACAUUGACACAGAUUCUUACCCAGAAGGCUGAUCUAGGUUUACAGAAUCCUAUUGACACCAUGUACCACCUCCAGCCUCUGAUGUUUAUUGGUCUCUUCCCGCUGUUUGUGUUCAAUGAAGGACUCAGCCUGUCUGCUUCAGAGAAGUUAUUUCGCUACCACGAGACCUCAGCUUUAUUAAAUAUGGUGUUUGUAUUGGCUGGAGGAGGAUUUCUAGCAUUUGGACUCUGCUUCUCUGAAUUCCUUUUGGUUGCCAAAACAUCCAGCCUGACCCUAUCCAUUGCGGGUAUUUUUAAGGAAGUCUGUGUCCUGAUCCUUGCGAGCCAUCUGAUGGGUGACCAGCUGACUCUUUUAAACUGGUUGGGAUUUGUAAUGUGCCUGUCUGGAAUAUCAUUACAUGUUGCACUUAAAGUAACUUAUUCAGAAGAUUCAUCCAAAGACACAAGGAUGGAGAAAUUCCAUGAUGUGGCUUUGACUGAAGUUGCAACAGAAUUACUUCUAAGAAAUGGACAGGCAAAUGAGAGUGAUGAAGAUGAAGUCGUCCAUUAAUUUUUGAUAUCUUGCAUCUAUGUUGUCAACCAUUCCAAGUUUUUGCCUCUCAUGUUGUACAUGUGCUGUGCUAAGAUAUGUCUGUAUUAGCUUUAAACACUGUCGAUGUUUUCCUUGCAAUGAUUGGAACUAAUUAGAGGGGUGUCUAUUGCACUGAGAAUGGACAUCCCUCUGACCAAGAGCAGAGAUUGAGGUAACAGUGAAAAUAUCAAAUCCAUUUUAAUGCUGUUACUUUGCACAUUUUUGCAUCCAUUUGAAUGGUGGGGAAAUGUCUAUUCUUCAGUUAAGAUUUGGAUCUUCAAAUUUGGGUCCUUGGAGAGAAUAUUUUCAGCUAUACAACUCUGGGUGAAAUUACUGUUGAUUAAGAACUGUGGAUGGUGGUCAUAGCAACUUGUGGUGGAAGAUGUAUUGUACAGUGCUGAAACAGCAAUUUAUCUUUUUCUUAUAAUCAGAUUCUACUAAUUUAUUGAAUAAGCUUGGUGACGAGGUUGCCUUAAAUUGAAGUAUUUAUGAAUUACCUGUUGUCAAGAAAAAGGACUGAUUUAUGCAGACAGAAAAUUGAGGUAUGAACCUUGAUAUCAUGUGGGGAGGUAAUAGUUGUCUUAGUGGCACUCAAAUUUGAUUUGAUAUAUCACUUGAAUGAGCUUCAUCUGGAUUAACUCUUAAUUUGAGUUUAUCGCUGUAAUUUCUCAGGAGUAAUUUGCACCAUUUUUCAUGGGGAAAAUGAUACAAACUCGUCAGUUCACCAUUUGAGUUAACCUUGUCUCUUUUCAGUUAAGAAAUUUGCCUUAAAUGCUGGAAUUUUAAACUCUCUAACCCUUCCUCUACACAUUUCUCACUUUUUUCUUCUCGCUAUACCUUGGCACUUCAGUCUUUCUAUGACCUCCUCCUGUGUCUUUUUCUUGUAGCUGUAAGUUCUCUGACUUUAUAUUGAAAUAGCUGUGAAUUAUUUUACAUUCAAAUGCGGGUGAUUUUAAUUAACAACUAGAUGAAGUGGGACCAGUUGGGACCCUGUCACAUGGGAGGCCUGGUCCCCCAAUGCAACCCGUUCCCCAACGCAAUAUUCCACCACAUACCCCUUCCCCCAACGCAACCCGUUCCCUCAACACAAUAUUCCACCACUCACCCAUAGCCCGCAACUGGGCAGGCGCGGCUUAUUCCCCUCAUUCCCCAGCACUCCCUCCCACUCCUCUUCAUCCUCCCUCUUCUUUCCCCUCUCCUCCUCCCCCCCCAAUCCCUCCCUCCCUCACCUCUCCC